AUGGUACGAUCAGUUGUUUUAACUGGUUCCACAGGUUAUCUUGGUAUUCAUUUAUUCUCUAAUUUGAUACGUCAGGAAAAUAUUGAUCAAAUAAUAUGUGUUACCAGACAUAACGAUCAUGAUGCAUUUUGGCGAACUAUUCAAUCACAAGCAAAUGCAUUCAAAAUUUCUCUUGAUAUUCCAGAAGUAAAAUCAAAAGUCGAAGUUGUUACUAUUGAUCUUGUCAAUAAUCAUGAUUCAAUCAAACCAAUUCUCGAUAAAUAUAAACAAACUGUUAAAUCAGUUCAUCAUCUGGCAUGUGAUACGGCAUAUGGUCAACCAAUAGAAUAUUUUCGACCGUGGAUUAAUUGUACGAAAGCAUUAAUACGAUAUUGUAUGGAUCCUGAGUAUCCUAAACAUCUUUAUGCUGUUGGAAGUUAUGGACAACGUUUAAUGAACGAUCUGCCGCUUGAUUGUGAAGAAGAUUUCUGUUGGAUUAAUGGUUAUUUGCAAGAUAAAAGAUGGUUAUAUAAUUAUNUUUCGAAUUGUUUUUCAUUUAUGACUGCUAGUUUAAAAACGAAAUCUCAGUAUAAUUUAUGUACAGCGUCGACAUUAGUAAAUGGAAAAGUUUUAGUUCCUGGAGGAUCCAGUGCUGGAGCUUUGUCUAAUGCUCAAUUGUAUGAUGCAUCAACAGGAGUAUGGACGACUACUGGUAGUCUAAAUACUCCUCGAUAUCUACAUACGGCAUCGUUAUUAUCAAAUGGAAAAGUAUUGCUUGUUGGUGGUUGGUAUUAUAGCUUUUUGGCUAAUGCUGAAUUGUAUGAUCCAUCAACGGGAGGAUGGGCGAUGAUUAGUAGUAUGAAUACUGCUCGAUACCAGCAUACAGCGUCUGUGUUAGCAAAUGGAAGAGUAUUAGUUGCUGGAGGGUAUAAUGGUGGUGCUGUUCUUACCAGUACUGAGCUGUAUGAUCCAUCAACAGGAGUAUGGACAAUCAUUAGUAGUUUGAAUACUGGUCGAUAUCAACAUACGGCAACUAUUUUGACAAAUGGAAAAGUAUUAGCUGUUGGGGGAUAUAAUGGCGGUGUUUUGAUCAAUGCUGAGCUGUAUGAUCCAUCCACAGGAUCGUGGACAAACACUGGUAGUCUCAAUACUGGUCGUUUUAGUCAUACAGCGACCAUCUUAACAAAUGGAAAAGUUUUAGUUGCUGGAGGAAAUAAUGGAGGUUUUAUUUUGACCAGUGCUGAGCUGUAUGACCCAUCUACAGGAUUGUGGACAAACACUGGUAGUCUAAAUAUUGGUCGAUAUUCCCACACGGCUACGAUCUUAGCAACUGGAAAAGUAUUGGUGUCUGGAGGAAUUAACGGUGCUACAUUGACUACUGCUGAGCUGUAUGACCCAUCAACAGGAUUGUGGACAAGCACUGCCAGUCUGAAUGCUGCCCGAUAUCUCCACACAGCAUCUCUCUUAGCAAAUGGAAAAGUAUUAGUCGCCGGAGGAUAUAAUGGUGCCGUUUUGAAUACUGCUGAACUGUAUCAACCUUAA